CAGCUCUCGGAGUUGUCUCGUAGUCUUUCGAUAAGAGAAGAAGAAAUGGGUUCAAUGUUCAGUGGAAACAGGAUGAGCAAGGAAGAGAUGGAGGUGGUGGUGAACAAGGCUAAAGAGAUCGUCUCUGCUUACCCCGUUGUUAUUUUUCGUUGAAAUCUCCCAUCUUUUUCAUCUAGCAAGACAUACUGUGGUUAUUGCCAGAGGGUGAAGCAGUUACCGACACAACUAGGAGCAACUUUUAAAGUACUUGAGCUCGAUGAAAUGAGUGAUGGAGGUGAGAUCCAAUCAGCUUUAUCAGAGUGGACUGGACAGAGCACAGUUCCAAACGUCUUCAUCAAAGGAAAACACAUCGGUGGAUGCGAUAGAGUGAUAGAGACCAACAAGCAGGGUAAGCUUGUGCCUCUACUUACUGAAGCUGGGGCUAUUGCCAAUAACUCUUGUCAACUUUGAAGAAACUCGAAACUGGUGUGCCGGAAACUUAAAAUACAAAAAGAAGUAGAGUGGUGUGUGUUGUGUUUAGAUCAUGAAAACGAGGUAUUGUCACAUAACUCAAUAAAGAAAGAUCCUUCCCGUUGUUUAAUACAGAACAUCUAAGUGUGCUCUUCAUGUUGGUGUGUCGGUUAUGUAAUAAAACUUGAGUAAUCUGCUGUAGUUUCUUACUCUAAAUUACUGAACAUUGCUCGUUGCAUCCCAAAA